AUGGCAAUCACCAAGAUCCACGCUCGUUCGGUCUACGACUCCCGCGGAAACCCAACCGUGGAGGUUGACGUCGUCACCGAGACUGGUCUUCAUCGUGCCAUCGUUCCUUCGGGCGCUUCUACCGGCCAACACGAGGCUGUUGAGCUCCGUGAUGGAGACAAGACCAAGUGGGCUGGAAAGGGUGUCACCAAGGCUGUGGGCAACGUCAACGAGAUCAUUGGCCCUGCCUUGAUCAAGGAGAACAUCGAUGUCAAGGACCAGUCAAAGGUUGACGAGUUCUUGAUCAAGCUCGAUGGUACCCCAAACAAGGGAAAGCUCGGUGCCAACGCCAUCCUCGGUGUCUCUUUGGCUGUUGCCAAGGCUGCUGCCGCUGAGAAGCAAAUUCCACUCUACGCCCACAUCUCCGACCUUGCCGGCACUAAGAAGCCAUAUGUUCUCCCCGUCCCCUUCAUGAACGUUCUUAACGGAGGAUCCCACGCUGGCGGACGUCUUGCUUUCCAGGAGUUCAUGAUCGUGCCUUCCAACGCUCCAUCUUUCAACGAGGCUCUCCGUCAAGGUGCUGAGGUUUACCACAUCUUGAAGUCUCUUGCGAAGAAGAAGUACGGACAGUCUGCUGGUAACGUCGGAGAUGAGGGUGGUGUUGCACCAGAUAUCCAGACCGCUGAGGAGGCUCUUGAGCUGAUCACCGCUGCUAUCGAAGCCGCUGGCUACACUGGCAAGAUGAACAUCGCCAUGGACGUUGCCUCCAGCGAGUUCUACAAGGAGGAUGCCAAGAAGUACGACCUGGACUUCAAGAACCCAGACAGUGACCCAACCAAGUGGCUCACCUACGAGCAACUUGCCGCUCAAUACAAGUCCCUCGCUGAGAAGUACCCGAUCGUCAGCAUCGAGGAUCCAUUCGCCGAGGACGACUGGGAGGCUUGGAGCUACUUCUACAAGACCUCUGACUUCCAAAUUGUCGGAGAUGAUUUGACCGUCACCAACCCCAUCCGCAUCAAGAAGGCUAUUGAGCUCAAGUCCUGCAACGCUCUGUUGCUCAAGGUCAACCAAAUCGGUACCCUCACCGAGUCUAUCCAGGCUGCCAAGGACUCCUACGCUGCUGGCUGGGGUGUCAUGGUUUCCCAUCGCUCCGGAGAAACUGAGGACGUUACCAUCGCUGAUAUCGUCGUUGGUAUCCGAGCUGGACAAAUCAAGACUGGUGCCCCCGCCCGAUCCGAGCGUCUGGCCAAGUUGAACCAGAUCUUGAGAAUCGAGGAGGAGCUCGGCGACAAGGCCAUCUAUGCCGGCACCGACUUCAGAACCUCAGUAAACUUGUAA